UAAGAGAGAGAGAGGGAGAGAGGAGGAAAAAGGAGAGAGGAGGAAGGAAGGAAGGAACAACAAGGAAGAAAGGGGACAAUACAAUCAUGCUGUGCUGUAUGAGAAGAACAAAACAGGUUGAAAAAAAUGAUGACAUUGACCAAAAGAUUGAACAAGAUGGCAUCAAACCGGAAGAGAAAGCUCAUAAGGCAGCCAUCAAAAUUCAGGCUAGCUUCCGUGGACACAUAACAAGGAAAAAGCUCAAGGGGGAGAAGAAAGGAGAUGCCCAAACUACUGAUGUUGAAGCUGGUGAGAAGAAGGAGGAAGUCCUUGCCAAUGGUCUGGCAGAUGGCAAAGCCGGAAUUACAGAAGCUACUGAGAAUGCCUUGCCUGCAGAUGGCAGUAAAGGGGAAAGCACCCCAGCAGAUGAGAAGCAGGGGGAGGGCACAGCUGACACUGGUUCAGAACAACCUGUUCCAAAGGCCACUACUCCUGUUGCUCCAUCAGAGGAGAAGCCUGCUCCUGCAGCCACCGAAACGGAAAGUGCCACUAAAGCUUCCACUGAUAAUUCACCAUCCUUGAAGGCCGAUGAAGCCCCAGUCAAGGAUGAACCUAAACAAGCCGAUGUGCCUGCCACAGCCACCACUGCCGUUACCCCUACUGCUGCAGAGGAUGCUACUGCCAAGGCAACAGCGCAACCCCAAACAGAGACAGCAGAGAGUAGCCAAACCGAAGAGAAGACAGAUGCUGUAGAAGAAACCAAAUCUUCUGAAAGUGCCCAGCAGGAAGAAGUGAAAGAUGAUGAAAGCAAGGCGGACCAAGAAAAUGCCUGAACAUUAAGAAAUGACUCCCUGUUGCCCUGCCCUCCCUCCUUUUUCCUGUAUCUUCCCUCCCUUCCUUGUUCCAAUCUGACCCUCUCCCACUCACACCUGUGAGUCUGUCUGUCCUCCUUGUCCCCCCCCCCUUCUUCACCUACUGAACCCCCUUUCUCUUUCUGUGGCAAACAUUUAAAGAAAAAAAAAGCAGGAAAAAUCCCAGUCAAACAGUGUGGCUUAAACAUUUUGUUUCUUGGUGUUGUUAUGGCGAGUUUUUUGGUAACGAUGAUCCAAUCAUUUUGGGAAAAUUCUUGCACUGUAUCAGAAUUGUUUGAUCUGCGCGUGUGUGUGUUUGUCUGCCCAUCAUGAGUGCGCUCUCUCUUUCUCUCUCUCUUUCUCCGCCUUUCCCUCUCCCCCCUCUCUUUCUCUCUGUUCCAAGUGUGUGUGCAAUGUUACGUUCAUCUGAGGAGUCCAAAUCUCUUGAAUGAGUUAAGGAGAAAAAAAAAAA